GAAAUUCCAUAAUGUAAUUCGAAAAAUGACGUCACGUGUUGUUAAUGUUUACGGAGUUAAAACGUUUAAAAAUUAUAAUUAUAAGUCUCAUUUGUUGAGUUAUAAUUACAAAACUUCAUAAACAAUCAUAACGUUGUAUUUCAAAUGAUUUCCUUGCAGUUCUGACCGUUAUAAUUAAAUAAAUCUAGUAGUUACUUACCUUAAAUACACGUUGUAAUCAGUUAUGAUAGUGAAAUUGUAAACACUUCCCAUUCUUUUAAAAUCGCUGACACGACUUUAAUAUUUUUAUUGAACAUAAUUUAAAACUUAAUAAACAUGGAAGAUCUACUCAUUCAGAUUUCGAAAGAUGCAACAAAUGCAAAAUUAAACAGCUUAAGUCAGUCAGCAACUGAAGCAUAUGUAUUUUUAGAAAAACAACAAGGAACAUUGCGUGAUCCAGCUCAUGAAUUAAGAGCAAAAUGUUUAAAUGUUUUUAAACAAGCAUUUGAAACUAGAAAAAGCAAAUUAGUAUCUCAUGCUUUAUGUGGAUUAAAUAAAAUUUUAAGAGAUGAUCGUUUUCAAUCAAAUUUUGAACCAGAAGAUGAUUCAUUAUGGUUGCCAUCACAAAUUUUACAUACAAUAAGCUCUAUUUUAACACAAUCUGAUGAUACACAAAUAGAUAUGUUAAAGGUGUUUUUGAAUGUUGCUUGUUCAUCAUAUUGGACAAUGAAUGGGCGUAUAAUUAUUCAGAUACUUACAUUAUCAUGUGAAGUAUAUGAAAAUGGGAACCAAGGAAUACGGUCUGCUGCACAAGCAGCUGUUAGCCAGACUCUCCGAUAUUAUUGCAAUUAUCUUGAUGAAGAAUGCGAAGAAUUAAAUAAAAUGAAAGAAAAUGGUGCUGGUGGAGUGUUGUGUUUUAAUGAAGCAUUACCUAUUAUGCAGUUUAUUGUCAGUAAAAUAGAUGAGACUCAAAAUGGUGAUCGAUGUAGUCAAGCUGUUGUAUUUUAUCUGGAGUGUCUACAUACACUUGUUGCCAGCUUACCUCAAAAAGUGCAUGACAAUCGACAUUUUACUAUGUUUUUGUGGCAACGAUUAUGUCCAGCUAUUAUUGCUUAUUUAGGAUCUCCACGCGUGGAUAAAAAAAUUGUUUCUAGAGACAAUGAUCAUGCCACAAAAUUAGGUAGAGGUUCCGGUGUUUUAGGAAGUGCUCCUAGCUUUAACAGUCAUCAAUCCAAAAUAAUAUAUAGUAUUGGAUGUCAAUUAGUAAGACUAGUUGGAUGUGUAAGUUCUCUUAGGCCUGUUUUGGAAUCUGUCUUUCAUAGAAUGCUUUUGUAUCCACCACCUGUCUAUAGAAUAGAUGCUUUAAAAGCUUUAAAAGAGUUAUUUAGUAGUCCAAAUAGGAUUGUUGAUUUUGCUGGUCCAAUACUUGUUGAAGAUAGUAAAAUGUGUCAACAGAGUGACAUGGCAUUGACUCGAUUAGUAAUGGAUUCUAUAGAAGAAUGUUCUAAAUGUUCUGAUUGGGAAAUUGUAUUUACAAGUGUUUCAUGUAUACUUUCAUUACUUUCAACUCUUCUUGAUUUAUCUACUGGAAAGGGAAUCAAUGAUGUUUACUCUGACAAAAUAAAUGAAAAAUUCCAAUCUUUAUCUAGUUGUGACUAUACAGGACCUUUAUCUUAUGAAUCAAUGAUGAGAUUGCCAAAUAUUUACAGAGAACAAUUAUCUUCUCCUGAAUCAUCUGUUGGAAACAGGAGUCGUAUUAAUAGUACAAGUAGUAGUAGUGGAGUGCCAAGUAGUGGCAAUACAGAAGGUCCUGAAGGUGGAUAUCAAAAUGAUCCACAGAUUGAUGAAAUGGAAGCAGCAGUUGAAAAAAAUCUAAGAGAAGAAGAAAUUCGUUUAGAACUAGUGACGAAGAAGUUGCAUACACUUAAUGUCAUUCAAGUAACUCCAGAAUCUGUAGAGUUAUUGGAUAUGGAAAGAAAAAAUGCUGGUAACUUUGUACAGACCCUGGUUAGUUUUUUACCUACAUUAACACCACUUCGAAGUACGUUACAAGUAGAUGAAGAGAUCCAAAGAUUUUCUUCAAGUUAUUGUGAAGAAAUAAUUCGCCAAGAAAAUAAAAAAUAUGAUUCAAUAAUAAUAAAUGCAGAUGGUGUUUAUGUAGCAACAUGUAUGUCUCUUUAUCUUAAUUUGAAAUUAAUUCAUCAGAAUUAUUAUGAUGAUUCUUCUGUGCCGCCAAUCAUGUCUGAAGAUCAAUUUAUUGAAAACAUAUUCAGCAGUGGCAUGUUGAUGUAUGUAUCUAGCAAUUGGUUAGCUGAGCUCUAUCAACAUGUACUUGUUACUAAUAUUUUGGUAUUAUCCGGUUACAAGAUUCAAGCAAUUGGUCAUUUGGCGUUAAUAGAUCUAUUAUCAGAUAUUGAUGGUUAUAGUUCUGAAAAUAAAGUUAAUUGGUUACUAUCAGAUUAUCUUCGUCUAGAAAGAACUGUCUGUAGAUCUGAAACUAGUCCUGAUAUUGAUGCAGGGAUAAAAUUAAGUAGACGAAUUAUUACUUGUUGCUGGGAUACUAUGAUGAAUGUUUUGGCGAUUCCUCUUCAAUUUGAUUCGUCCAAUGAUACAAAAAAUACACAAGUUAAAAAAAUACUACGAAAUGAAUUAAACAAAGAUUCUAUCCGUCAAAUGUCAGUUCAACACAGUUUAGAUGCUUUGCAAAAAGCAGCUACUCUUGCAAAUAUUUUAGGUAUGCAUAAUCGUUGUGAAGGUAUUUUUGCAUUACUCGUGAAAGCUUCUUGUGCACAUAAUGGUCAUAUUAAUUGGUUUUCUGGUAUUAUGAAAAAGCAACCAAAGUUGAUAACUUCACAUGUUUUAAGUAUGGAUGUGAUGCUUUCGCGAGGCUUAGAAUUUGGAUGCCAUGGUCAAGAAUGUUGGCCACAUAUUUUUAAUUGUGCUUUGUAUGUUGGAUACCUUGAACAAGUAUUUUUUAGACAGACAUCUCCAUCAGUUACUGCAUUAAAAAUGAUUAAACCUAAAUUAUUAACUACUGAGAAUUUAAACAAAAGUUUCGGUUCAUCCUUAGAUAGUGAUGAAGAAGUUUGCAUGGACGUCUACAGUUUUUUAUCUUCGCCAGCUUCUCCUAAUAAUUUGACUGAAACUAUAUCAACUUUAGUGAACAAAAGUAGAGCAGAUAUUGAAAACAAUGGAAUAUUAAAUCAAGAAUAUGCUGCACAAAUUGUUUGCAUUCUAUCUCAAUAUGUUGAUCGGUUAUUUGAAGAUGCCGCAUUAAAAUUAAAUCUAAGAGCACUAACUGAAUUUGUUCAUAGCCUAUGUAAAACUAUUCAUUAUGAGUUGUUUAAAUUACCUGAUAAAAAGAAACCUAAGUCUAAUUAUUCUACUAAUAAUGCAACUCUUUUAACACGAUUAUCUCGUCUUAUGUUACGUUGCAUUAAAAGUGGUCGUCCAUUAUUUCAUAUGAUCAAAAUUUGGUCUAUCUCAUUGCCGUGCUGGAUGGAAAUAGCAUGUCAUAAAGAUUUGGCGUUAUCUAAACAAGCUAUUGCUUCAAUUCACGAUACAGUUUUAGCUUUUCUCAAUGAUCAACCUGAACUUUCUCAUUUUCAUAUUAAUGAAUCUUUAUUCAAGCCUUUUGAAAAUCUUUUAUGUUUAGAAUUAUGUGACAUAGAAAUUCAAGAUCAAAUUGUCAGUUGCUUAUGUGAAUUUGUUGAAGCUAACCGUUCAGACAUUAGAUCUGGUUGGAGACCUUUGUUUGGCGCUUUAAAAGUAGUCAAUAGCAGUAAUUUGUCAUCACUGUUGGAAGUAUUCAGAGUUUUUCUUAAUACUGAUGAUACAUUAGUAUUUUCAAAUGCUGCUGUUGAUUGCAUAGCUUGUCUUAUUAAACAUGUUAAAGGAACUAAUUUCGAUAACUUUGAUGAUAAUUAUGUUAAAUUAGAACUUUGCAAAGCAGCUCUUAAGCACUUACAACAUUGCAGUUUAAUAUUAAGGUCAAUGUAUGUUAUGCCAGCUUGUCCAAAAUUUCAUUUGUCUAAUCGAAACCAUGUCUUUACUUUGGUUGAUUAUGAUGUACCUGAGUUACAAAAUGUUCAAAAUGAAAACUAUAAGCUAUUAUCAAUUGAAGAAUCAAAGGAUGAAGCUAUAAAAUUAGAGGAAAUAGAUCAACCAUGUGGCAUAUUAAGAGUUUGGUACUGUAUCGUAGAAGGACUUUGUACUGCAAUUAAUGGUACAACUGGUACAUAUCAAAGACAAAGUCUUGAAUUACUCUUGGACAUACUACAGUCUUUUCCAGAAACACCUGGAUUUAUUUUCGGUUGCUUCUGCAUUAAUCGAUUACUUCUUCCAACCAUACAAAUAUGGGAACGAAAAAUUGUAUCUACACAUGACCUAAGUGAUUUACCUAAUUUCAAACAAUUGUGUGGAAAUUCUACUGAUUUAAUUGUCACUUACCUUAAGAUAGAUAAGAAUUAUGAAUCAAAAUUUGAAAAAGAAAUAACACUUAUGAUAAAACAACUAUUAUUUGUUUUAAAUGAAUUUUGUAUUCAAACAGUGGAGAACAUUGUCCGAUUAGGAUGUUCCUGUUUAAGACAUUUUGUUUUAGGUGCUGGAGAUAAUUUUACCGCAAAACAAUGGGAUUUAAUUAGUUUUAGUUUACACAGAGCUUGUGCUAUUUCUUUACAUCCAUUAACAAGAGUAUCAAUGACAUACAGCCCAUUUUCCGAUAGUUUUUAUGGAGAUUUAGCUGCUGGCAUUAAAGUGGCUGCUAGAAGAGAUAGUACAGUAGAUGAAAAUUUGAAUUUAAAGCAAUUAUCACAACAGGUAUUUUUAUUAGACCAUCAAAGAGUCAAUAGUGAUACAAUUGUUGAUGAUGAAAGGAGUUUUAUAUUUUUAUUAUGUCAUCAUUGGUGUAAUUCAGAAAUAGACAACCAAUGGCAAAAGACACCAGAGCGUGUUCCUUAUAAAAACAUUGUGCUUGGAUUAUUUGUAAAUGAGAUGUUAUUACAAAUGAUUGGAAAUGUUUUAAUAACGGGUACCAACAAAGCCAUUCCAAGUUUGGCAAAUAUUCUUCAAUCUUCUUUGAUAACACCAAUGGAUGAACAGCCAUCUAAAAUACUUGAAAAAUCUAUGCCUGGUUAUUUAUCCUCACUUACUGAAUUUCAAAUUCAUACAUUUAUUUCAUGCUUAAAUAUGACCUACAGUAUUUCAUGGGAAUUUGAUUCUAGACCCGGCUUAAAAUUUCUAAUUCAAAAAGUUGCAGGCUUAGAAAAAGCUGCCAAUUUGUACAAACAAGCAGGAGGAGCUUGGACACUAUCAUUGGUCACACUUUUUGAAAUAUGUAUUCAUCGCACAUCUCUAUUGAGUUCUGAUCAGAUUAAACAAAUUAUUGAUAAAAGGUCUCCUGUUAAUGAUACUGAAUGUUUUAUUCUUGAACUAAAACGAAUAUUUGAUGAUGCUUGCCAAAAAUAUAUUGAAAUAGUAAUGGAUAAAAGUGGUACACAUUGUGUCAUUGAUAGAGCAGGAGAUAAGCCAGUAUUUUUCUUUGUAGCACAAAAUGAUGAUCUUUUUGAAAAAAGUGAAAAAAUUACAGCAUUUAAAUUUGAAGAUUUUAAAAAGAUAUAUCCAAAUGCACCUUUAACAUCAAAAGCUGAAGAUAGUGGAAGUGAAGAUGAUGAUGCUAUAUAUGCAAUAGCAAGUUGUAAAAAUUUGGAUAAUCUAAUUGAAGAAUACAAAAAAAGAAAAUAUGCUAACUCUAUGCCAGGACAACCAGAUUCUGUUGAGAAAAAUGAAGAAAAUUUACCAGUAGAAAUUGAAGAACAAAGAAAAAUCAGUAUGAACAAAGAUAGUGAAGUACAUGAAUUAGUUUGGUCAGAAAUGUUAAUUUCAGUUUUUGAUUUAUUGGCACAGUUAGAUGAUAACUCUUUUAAGUUACUAUUACCAGUCUUAUUUAAUGGUGUUAGAAUUCUGACUGAAUCUGCUACUAGACCUCUUCUAAAACGUACUUUGGGAGAAUUUUACCAAAGGAUAGCUUUUAUUUAUGGAUUUGGUGCAUAAUAAUAAUUGUUUUAUUUUUUUAAAUUAUUCACACUUCUACAACUAUUGAAAUAGUAUUUUAUUGUAAG